CUUAAAUUUGGACAUCCAAAAAAUAGCUUGUCUGGAUUUUUCUCUGUUCUUGACAUGUAUAGAAUAGCAUAAACACCACAUUUACAUGUAGGAACAACAAAUCUUCUUCUGGUGUGAUUACUCACAAGCAUAUCCUUCUUUGCCACUUUAGCUCUGCUCGUCACCUCCAUCUCCUUCAACUCCACUCUUGUUCAUUUUUUAGGGUUUCGCAGCUUGCAGAACAACAAAUAGAAGUUUUCAUACCAGUAUUCAAUCCAUUGCGACGCUGUUUUCAAUUGAAGAGUUAGGGUUAAUUAGAUCUUUAUCGAAUUUCAUCUGUGCAUCGUAUCAGUUUCCAUCCAAUUCGGAAUUAACAGUUCAAGAGAUAAUGGAUAUCUCAUCCCAUUAACAAUCUAUGUAAGCAUUUUUUCGUUAGCCUUUAACAUUAAACUUGAUGAAAGAAUGACAUUAUCCUAAAAUUUAUGAGAAUAGAAACCGAUUUAAGAUUUUUAAAUUCUCAGAAAUGUCGUUGUCCUGGAGGUAAAGGUCAAGAUCAGGAUCAAGAUCGGCUGAGUGUUUACUCUAUUUGGAUUUUAGACACGAACUUCGUCCAAAGUAUUGUUGAGUCCAUACUCCCCCCAAAAAACGCUUAGUGUGUUAGCAGUCGAAUUCAACUUAAAACCUUGAUCAAAGUUGUCGUCAACUCCCCACAAUGUUGUCAAAGCUUGCUACCUCUUCUCUAGCUUCGUUCUCGCCGUGUUUCCAAUUCAAUGCCAAAAACCUCAACCUCUCUCGCACUAAACCCUUAUUCUUCAAACACCUUCGAAGAAGAGCAACCGUGUCUAUUCCCUUCCAUUUUGGUUCUCUGAGUGAAAGAACUCUUCCAUCAGUUUGUUUCUCCAAUCCUCGAGACGAAUCUGAAACCAAGUUACAGGACAAGGAAUCUGGAUCGAACAAAUGGCCAAUUCUCCAGCGAUGGCAGGUGCCUUGGCAAUGGCAAACACUUGCGUUAACUUCUCUGUCCUGUGGAUUAGGUUUCGUUUUUACAGGUUUGGUUGAGGCAGCAGCAGUAAUAAAUCUGGGCAUUCAGUACGAUGAGCUAAGUUUAGAUGAGAAAUCGGAGAUAAGUUUCGCGGAGCAGGGCCUUAUAACUGCUGUUGUACUUGGAAUUAUUUAUCGUAUGGCUAACAGUUACCAGCCACUGUCAGAAGACUUCUUCAAAUAUGAUUGGGGAGUACCUUUCGAUCUUCAAAAGGGGUGGCUUUUGUGGGCAGGAAUCGGACUAGCUGGUGCCCUGACUGCCAUGGCGAUGACUGGAGCUGUCAUGUCCUUCUUUAGUGGCGAAACUCCGGAAAUGGAGAUUGACUCUCUUGUUACGUUGCUUCCAUCAAUUGGAUCUUUAAAUAUCACUUUCAGUACUGCUUGUGUGGUAGGAACAACAGGUGUUCUUGUUCCCCUUCUUGAGGAGACUGUAUUUCGAGGCUUUAUUAUGGCUUCCUUGACUAAGUGGGUUCCGACGCCGGUAGCAAUCAUCAUUAGUGCUGCUGUAUUUGCUCUUGCCCAUUUCACUCCUGAAGCUUUUCCACAACUGUUUGUUUUAGGGACAUUUAUGGGGAUUUCAUAUGCUCAAACUCGCAACCUUCUCGCUCCCAUCACUAUCCAUGCUUUCUGGAACACUGGUGUUGCAUUGCUCCUUUCAUCACUUCAGCUUCAAGGACAAUAAUAUAUCGAAGAAUUGUUUCAGAUUUCUUGAUGGGAACAUUGUCUGUUCUGCACAAAUGUGGCGCAUGUACAAAUCUAUAUCUUUGUAUAAACUUCUCCCUUUUUCUUGCAAAGUAGAAGUAUAAGCUGGGUAUUUUGAUUAUGGCGAAUAAAAUAUGCAAUGAGCUUUGAAAUUUGAGGUAUGUAAUAAUGCGCGAUAAGUUUUCUAUUAGACUAAUUUUGUAUAUGAAUUUCUAUGUAAUCUUUAUGGUAUCACAAGUCAGAACAACCUCAACUACUUAACCUAGCUGCUUCAUGGCUUGUUCCUCAAAUUGAAUGUCUGACCAGAAACUUACCAAAUCACUGUUGCAGCACUAGUCACGUAAGAUUUGCUUGAGUUUUAGUAAACGAAAUUUAGUGGAGGCACAUUUUCUUCUCAUAUGCAAACUUUUUAUUGAUUGAAAUAUUUUGGAGACCAAAAAAAAA